CCGCAACGUCAACGAGGAAUAAGGCGCUCACCUCAUUCAACAGAAAAUUCCGAGAACAAAAACAAGAAACAGACUUUAUGGAGAUUGGGCGAUCGUAUUGAACACGCAGAGCAUACAAUCGAAGCUAGCUAGCUGUCAAUAGCUGGGAUUGCUAGCUUGUGUUCUGCUGUUGAACAAAUUCCUAGCUAGCUAUACUGUCUCAUUUAGUCAAUCAAGCAAUUAUACGUGAUCCUUGGAUGAUCCCGAGACGGCUGGAUACUCCGAACACUCCUUCCGUUUGCCAUGAUAAAGUGGAAGCAACGGCUCUACGCCUUGCUUUUGAGGCAAGUAGUGGGGCCUCUCCUGGAUUCAGAAUCACAAGAGAAGCUCCAUGAGUCCAUAGAUGUGUCCUUCCAAGAAGGGACUUUUGUCCUGAGCAAUGUGUCUUUGUGCACAGCGUACCUGAACAAUUUCGAUAUUGGCCCUCUCUAUGUCAAGAAAGCAAGAGUGGGGUCCCUCGCAAUCAGUUUGUCUCUUGUGGAAGGACAAGCUUCCGAGAAUGCUACAUCGUCUAGCAUUGCCUGGAGAGCCAUGAAUCUCGGAUCCACCGUGGCCUUGGUGGCUCAAAUUGAGAUUGACGGUCUUCAGCUGGAACUAGAACCACGACAAAAAAGUACCGCUGCCGAAAUUGCGGCUACAUCAAGUCAUCAUUCACUCAAUAGCAGCGACUCGGAUACUGAAACAGCCCCACAAAAGAGCACUUUGUCAUCCUACAUCGACGCUGCAAUGAGUUCUCUGCAGCUCACGCUUAACUUGACAAACUGCUCCUUUCGAAUAUCACAGCCCAAUGGCUGCGGUGGUGACCAUGCGACACCAACAACUACCUGGAUUGAACUGUCUCUGCCGUCUCUUAGUUACCAAGAUAUUGAUCCUACCGAGUCCUCUCCACAGCAACGACAACAAGAACAAUCCAGUACUACGCAGAAAAUUCUACAAAAGUCAGUCACGUGGCAAGGGAUCUCCCUGGCAGCUGGAGAAUAUAGUGUAGCUCUGGAUGGAACUCUCUUCCAAGACCCAAACUUGGUCACCACCAUGGCUCUGGCCGAAGGAACGGGGCAGAUUUUGCUUCGGGCAGUCGAAUACAAGAGCGACACAACAGCAAGCAAGAGAAAACCCGCUGCAGCUCGGGUGCAACAAGAUGUCGAUGUCAGACUCAAUCAACAGAUAAAAGUUUCCUUGGAUGAAACAACAUUGCGUCAAAUCCAAUCUGUACUUGACGGUUUUGUGGCAAAUGCCGAUGAAGGCGACAACACGACACUACAGCGUGAAGAGUCGGUAGAGUCCAUGGUUUCUCAGGCUGGUGGACAUCAUCAAACUGGGUUGGAGGGAAUGGAACUCUAUUCCAUCGACGGUAUCAUGAAACAGUAUCAAGAAGCUAGGAUGCUCGCAGCCAGAAACGAGAUGCGAGGCGGGAUGUUGCUGCCGUCAAACGAUGAAGGAGAUUCCCGCACGUUCGACAUGUUCUUUGACGCCAAUGACAAGAGCUUCUCGCACUACGCAUCCAUGAUGAAAGAAAGCAUGUUGGCCUCUCGCGAAGGAGGCCCGUCGGACUCCUUUGUUCAUACAAAGAUACGCAUUCAUGUACUGGGUAGUGCAUUGAAACUAGGAUUCCGUAACCGGUCCAGCGAGGCAGCUCCUUACUUGGGGCCUGAAGAAUACAUUCUAAUGACAUUUGACGAGAUCAGCGCAACAUCCUCGCUUUCGCACAAACGCUCUGAGUUUGCGCUUCACAUUUCUCACCUGGAGAUUGAUGAUUCGCAAACACAGUACCAUGACAAGAUGCAAGCGGCAGAAGGUCGGAAAGCAGAGAUUGGGACACUUCUCAGCUUUACACAGGCUGAUGAUAUUGUACAGCCAGCCUGCAUAUCUUUCCAGCUAGAUGUGGACACUGAUCCUUCCGGUAACAAAGUCCACAACCUGGAGCUCAACCUGAUGCCCAUAGAAAUGACCUACCGGCAUCGAACUGUAUCAAACAUUACUGCCCUGAUCUCUUCGCUCGGCAACAGCAGCAGAAAAAACAACAACCAACAGCUCAACCCAACGGAACAAACAAACAGCAGCGCUGUCACUGCGCUUUGCACAAUCUCAUCUUUGACUCUGACAAUCCCAGCUCUGUGUGAGAGUGAUUUCUCCCCUCUCUAUGCUCGAUGCGGUCACUAUUCAGUCGGUUCAGCUUCGACUUGCUCGGCUAUUGGUUUCGUCAUUGAGGAUAUUACUCUGGAGCACGAGUCAGGUGACAACACAGCAGACAAAGAUGGAGCGGCUGCGGACCCUUGCACCAGCCUGGAAUGCCAAAGCAUACUUGUUUUUGCGUCAACGCCGGAGAGCCCUGGCGUUCCAGUAGGGAGAAACAAUCGUGUGGAUAUUUUUGCCGCAUUUGGCCGCUUUGAAGUUGAACCCCACAUACCCAUUGUGCUACAGUACCGACAAGUCAAUGAUACCAAGGAGGCCUCAGAAAGAUCCAAUGCUGUCAAAGCGAUGUUCCCAACGGUCCCGCUUUUCUCCUCCUUCAAAGCCCGUCAAGAGGAUGAAGACGAAGACGAAGCAAUUGAUCAAAUUUUGUCAAACCAGUUGCGCAAUGUCGACGUUGACAGUCGGCAAACGCUUAGGGCCAAAGACCCUCAAGACGAAAUGAUCUCAGAAGCUGAAAAGGCAGUCGCCCUUGUAAAGAUUCAUAUACCAGAAAUCGUGUUGGACCUAUCGAGGGAUGAGCUAUGUGCGGUGCAGAAUCUUCUUUCGUGCUGCUUUCCGUCGACAAUGAACGAAUCCUCCGGGGACCACGACUCGGCGGAAGAGCAUUCUUCUUCUUCCCUCUCUAUCGCUGUAUCUGUGGCCUGUGACUCGAUUUCUUGUUCGCUGGUAGACAGGGGCACGUCGGGUGGAACGGAAGAGUGGAGGUCGCAUUUGUUGAAGCUAGAUCGGUGCAGAGCUCACGUGACCACUGGGGAUGGAACCACCCAAUGCUUACGUGUCUUGUCGCACGAAACUACUAUGUUUGAAUUGGUCAAUAUGCUGCCUAGUUGGUGCUCUGGUCGGGAAGUUGAUUGCAUUCAAGACAGAGUGAGAAGCUUGAAGCUUCGCGCCACGACAACGCCUCGAGCUUCCACCGAGCCUAUUCUCUAUCGCUCAAAGAUUUUCCCGGCGAUUUCCCCAAGCAGCCCAUCCAUCCUGCUGGACUUCCUUCGCGCCAAGCCCGCUUGUGAAGGAGUUGAGCAAAGUGUGUUUUUCUCUGUAUAUAACCUUACUCACCGAUUCAAUCCAGAUUCGAAAUGGUUAGACAACCUAAUGAAGUUUAUCUCUGCCAUUGAUCCCACGCCCGAACCGAACGAACAGCGCACGGUGGACCCUAUGGUGGAUUGUCAGUCAAGCUCUUUAACCAAGGUCUUUGCCACUCUUAUGGACUGCAACGUGGACUACACUUCGUUGCCGCGGUUUUCCACUGCGUCUCGCUCGAUUCUUCGAGUUGGUGAUGUGCGUUUCUCCAGCAACAUUUUGACUCCAGCUGGGUCUGUCCAGGCGUACAACGUUUCCGUGGGAGAUCUCUCAUGGCAGUUGUGCAAUACGCGCUGUUCGUACAAUCUGGAGAAUUCGCUGCUUCCUGGAUCGGCUCUCAUUAUGUCGCCGAGCUUUCUUUCUUUCAAUCCCCAGCAAUCUACUGGAACCUCAACGGAUUACACUUUUCGGAUGGGGUUUAAGACAUUGGUGACCCUCGAUUCUAUCAGGGCUGUCAUCGUCAAACGGAAUCCGAAAGCCAACAACAAUGGAUUGGAAACGGGCGUUGAACCACCGCUCACGACGAGCCUCGCGCUUGGUGAGGUCUCGUUGUAUGCCUGCAAAGACUCUUUCGAGUGUUUCACAAGCUCCAUUGGAGAGCUUGAAACUCUCCUCACAUCUCUAACCAGCGAAGAAAUGGAGGAGCUCAGAGCCAGCUCGUCGGCGGUACUAGCGGACCCCCACUACAAGGGAGUAGUACACAAUAGGAAGCCCGCCCAAACUGUAUCGGUAGAUGCAGGGAGCAAGUUUUUGUUGGACGGCUACGAUUGGACAACAAUUGACCAUGAUGGGCGAACUGACAUCCUUCCAGGCGAGGAGCAGACGGCUCGAUGGUAUCAUGCACCCACUCCAUCACCCGUGGCUGCUACGAGCUUCUCGCCCCAGAGCAGUAUCGUAGAAGUCACCAAUUACGAAUCUCAAUCAAGUCGAUGCGAUCCGGCUAUUCUCAAUUCUAUCAAUGAGUCUUAUGCUCCAAAGAUCAUCGAUCACCAUUUUCCUUUGCAACUUACUGAUAUCGAGGUAGCACAAUGUGCGGGAAGCAAGUCUGUUGCCGUUGCAAGCCGUGUUCUUGUUCAUGACUUGAAAGUUAAGAUUCGCUUGUUUGACGGAUACGACUGGCCACAAUAUCAGAGACGGAGGAAGCUCGACCCGAACGCACUUUUUGUUAUUGAAGAGCCCCCGGGAAAGGAUCCCGAGGGCGCUGGCCAAUUGGCUGAUCGGGGGGGCGAAGGCAAAACAAAUCAUCUUGAAGGACUCCUAGGAGGUCCAAAUGAUGCCACUGAUACUUUUGCCGACAUGCCACUACCAGAGGAACGAGCCGUAUCACUCUUGGCUCAGAACGAAAUCCGUACAUUUGGCCGAAGGACCAACAGUUACAUCCAGAUCGUGGCUGAUGGCAUCAGCGCUCGAGUCGAUGCAUAUGAAAGUUCGAAAGAACACCGCAUGAAGUCGUCUGUGCAGUGCUCGCUGAAGGAUUUCUUCCUGGCCGAGACAAUUAGCAGCAUGAAUCCAGUCAAAUUGAUAGGCGAAUGGUUCAAUGAAACGGAGCAUCCGAGAGAUUCGAGGGAUGGUCUUUUGAUGCUGAAGAUGUUUACGUGGGACCCGCAGCCCCCCAUUACCGACGAUGGCGCACUUGCGAAUGAAGAAAGCGAGGUUGUCGUAACCAUGGCUCCAGUCCGCUGCAUUAUUGACCAAAGAGCCAUCAAGUUCAUCAAGGCUUUCUUUGGCGACUCGGACGAAUCUGAAGACGACUCCACUUCGAGGCCGGAGUGGGCUGAAGGGCUCAGCUUCAUCCCUCCUCCUUUCCUUCGCGUUUUCCGCAUGAAUUCUGUGAAACUCAAGAUUGACUAUACGCCACAGACAUUGGAUACUGCGGCAUUGAAGAAUGGUAGUGUGGUGGAGCUAAUCAACCUGAGCCCGCUGGACGCGAUGGUUUUGACGCUGGCGCAAGUCGAAAUCAAGGAGGUUUUAGGUUUUGGCGAUGCAGUGGAUGGGCUUGUGAGCAGCUGGCUGGGGGACAUUUGUGCGACGCAGAUGCACAAGUUCCUGACAAAUGCCAGGCCCUUCGAGCCCUUCACCAACGUCGGAGGGGGGGUUGCGGAUCUCUUUGUGCUUCCAUGGGAUGCUUAUCAAAAUGGAGACAGCGUCUCUCGUGCUUUGAGAUCAUCAGUGUCGUCAUUGGUUGGCACUGUUGCUCACGAAACGCUGACACAAGCAUCUCGGAUGUUGCAUUCAGCAGGAAACAAAUCGCACAGUUCGUUGCCGUCGAGACCACUGAGGACACCAAAGCGGGUUGGAGACACCACUCGCCAUGCAUUGGAAAGCCUCGCAAGUGGCGUUCAAGCAGCCAAUUACAAAGUCAUCAUCGUCCCGUAUAGAGAAUAUCGUCGCGGUUCCACCACUGGUGCCAUCAAGAGCGUUGUGAAAGGAAUUCCAGUCGCUAUCGCAGCCCCAGUUGGAGGCGUCUCUGAGAGCGUUUCGUACGCUCUUCUUGGCCUCCGAAAUCAGGUCCGACCUGACCUUCGAAAGGAGGAGGAAGCCUCGAAACGUGGACUCCACUACGGCGGAAUAUGAUAGAUUCGAUAGAUCUGAUGUGCCCGUUGCUACUUCGCCUUGUACCAAUAAUGCAAUCAACUCAAUGUUUUAAAUUAAAAUAGAGAAAGCAAGAAUACCACUC